AAAAAGUAGGCCAACUUUCACCUUAGCUCACCUUGUAUACUUUCUUAACGCCAGUACAUGGUACCUCGCAUAAUUUUGUCUUUGUUUUUUAAAUAAGUUUCUAGUGUACGAUGUCCCUAUCAAAACUGGCCGCUGGGAUACUCCGGAAGAGGAUCCCAACCACCCCAUUGUGCGCGUACACGAGUAGAUCGAACAGCACCAGCGUGCAGGCGAAUCCGAAGAAGCCUGAUUGGAACAGGGCCGUCAGCGAGGCCGAAAAAAUCGUCGGGUAUCCGAAUAGUUUUUUAAGUUUAAGGUGGCUGUUGAGUGACGAAAUCGCCAAUGUGGCGUUGCAGCUGAGGAAAUUGGUCGGGUCGAAUCAUCCCUUACUCAAAACAGCUAAAGGACUGUUAUACAAUGGCAAAAACAACAUGCAAGCAUGGGGCCUGAUAGUCCUGCUGGUAUCCAAAGCUGCGGGACACUCACCCGACAUUCCCGACAUGGAACAGGACAAAUCAGCAGGAGUUCUGCACAGCCAAAGAGCUCUGGCCGAAGUAACCGAGAUGAUCCGGACUAGCCAUUUGGUGCACAAGGGCCUGGUGAACUUGCAACCUCCCAUUAAAGUGGAUGCAUUAGGCGACAUGAUAUCGGGCAACAAAAUCGCGCUCCUCUCGGGGGACUACCUCCUCAGCAACAGUUGCGUGGAAUUGGCCAAUCUAAAAAACCAAGAAUUGGUGGAAUUGAUGAGUUCUGCUGUUAGGGAUUUGGCAGAAGCGGAGUUCGUGGAGCCUAGAGACAUCCAAAACGCCCCUUUGCCGGCCAAACCUCGAAGCGACGGGAAAGGCUACGCCAAGUUCGUCGAGAGCAACAUGGAGCCCCUGGCGGUGGGAGAAGCCCUAGGUGAUGCUCGAGCUGAGUGGACUAUGCGGCAUGUUUUGAAUGCAGGUAGUCUGCUGGGCAAAUCCUGCCAGGGUACCCUAAAACUUGCAGGGCACUCGCCAGAGUUGCAGCAGAAAGGCUAUUUAUUUGGCAAACAUCUGGCUCUCGCAUGGCAAGCUUGUCUGGACAGAGAACCCUUCUCUCCCGGAUCCACGGGGUCUUUCAGCCUCAUCAGCGCUCCGGUUUUAUUCACUUUGCAGCACAAUCCUGAUACUUACAGUUUAAUUGAGAAAGGAUUAGACGAUAUCGAGAAAGUCGAUUUCGGAGCAGUCCGGAAAGCCGUGCUGGACGGGCCGGGCUUGGAAAUAACGAAGGUCCUGCAAAAGGAGCACUCGCAAGCGGCGCUGGAAGUGCUCAACGAGCUUCGCGAUUGCGACGCCAGGACGGCCCUGAAAAAUAUCAUCGUGGCGAUGCAAGAUUAGAUAGAUAGCUGUUUUAAGUUACGAGUAAAUAAUACAAAAAUGCAAUUUUUCAUAUAUAUUUUUUAUAAAGAUUAAAUGGAGUCCUUUGUACAUGUUGGAUAAUCUAGUCUCUAGUCUGAUAUUUUUCGCUGUAGGUAAUUUUGUACGUUGUUUUUGUAAAUACCUACUUAUCUCUAUAUACUGAUUGUUAGAUCAAUGUUAGAUAAAUGUAUACCUGCAAAAAUGCAAUAAUUUUAAAUUCCUGCAAAUGUAAAUGUUUUUAAUGAUUUUAGGUAAUGAUAAGAAUUUAUUAAACAAUAAAUAUAAUUAGUUUUA